CGCUGGGCCCAAACGGGUAAAACAACGCCUCACACCACCGCAUAGGCUCAUUGGCGUCCCGUUUCUUCGGCCUUUCUUCCUUCCGACUGCUGUGGCGGCGACCCAACCCCGAGUCCCCGACCCGACCCACCCGCGGCCGCCGCCUCCCGCGCCGUCGCCGUCCAGGGCUAGGGUUCCGGUGGCCACGACCCCCUCCUCGCCCCCGCGCCGACGCCUCGGGUUCACGCUUCUGCGCGCUACCGGAGCCUUCGCGCCCUCGGCUCCUCUGCCCCCGGCGGCAAUCCGGCCAACCCCGGAACCCUAGGGUUUCGCCGCAGCAGGAAUGAUGAGUCAUCAACAGCAAAUGGCGCCUUCUCGUGCUUCUGUGAAUGGAUUCCCCCAUCGGAAGCUGGACAGGGAGGGUAGUGGAAGGCAUGAAAGUAAAAUACAUUUGGUUAACUCAUCAUAUGGUGGUUUUAGCAGUGCAGAAAAUGGUGGCAAACUGGGUCACGCAAGUCAUUCAAGGGAUCGAUUAAUCUAUGUUCUAACACAACUUAUUGGACAUCCUGUGGAUGUGCAUGUCAAAAAUGGGUCUGUUUUCUCUGGAAUCUUCCAUGCAACAAACUCUGACAAAGACUUUGGCGUAGUCUUGAAAAUGGCUCAGGUAAUAAAAGAUAGUUCUGUCAAAGGACAAAGAUAUGCUGUUGAUGUUGUAAAGAAGCCUGAGACUAUGAUAAUUCCAGCAAGGGAGCUUGUCCAAAUUCUUGCCAAGGACGUAGCACUUGGUGGUGAUGAGCUGCCAAAAGGUCCUGGUCAUGAUAAAAGGAAAGACUUACUGAUUGAUUCUGCUAUUUCGUGCACUCAUUAUCCUGAAGAGAGAGAACUUGAGCGCUGGGCACCGGAUGAAGGAGAUUCAGAGUGCCUUGAACUGGAAAAAUAUGACAGGAAGGGGAACAGGAGCUGGGACCAGUUCGAAACAAAUGCAGCUUUGUUUGGGGUAAAGAGUACUUUCAAUGAAGAACUUUAUACCACAAAGCUUGAGAGAGGUCCUCAUAUGAGAGAGCUUGAAAGGCAUGCUUCAAGAAUAGCUAGAGAAAUAGAGGGAGAAGAUACCAAAGAUAUUCAUCUUGCUGAGGAAAGAGGCUUAUAUUUGGGUGAUGACUUGGACCAUGAUGAAGAGAUAAAGUAUUCAGCAGUGUGUAGGGACACUGAUAACAGCAAAUAUAAGUCAGUUGCAAAUGUACCAAGCAGUACACAUCAUGUCAAUUCACUUACCAAUUCAGCCAACAUUGACCCUAAUGAUUCACUGGCAUGUUCAUCAACAAUGGAUGAAGAAUCAUCUUCCUAUAUAUUUGUUGAUGCUGUACCAUCGGCCACUAUACAAACCAAUGAUGUUAGCCAGGAAACAUCUGAUUACGAGUCAAAUAAGCCCUUGUCCAUUGAUAAAAGCAGGUUGGACAAGAAGCUGAACAAAGAUAGUAAUGAUGACAAGGACAACAGGAAUUUGCAACCUGAGAAUACUUUAUCUGGAGUUAGACCACUGAUUUCUGAAGAUUUGGAUGAGGCACCUUCAUCUUCUGGCCAAGGAUUCAUAUCCUCAGUUGUAACAUCUGAUUUGACAGUAUCUGGCAAACAUCCAUCUGCGUUGGAACCUGUGAAUUCCUCUCAAAGACCUGGUAAUUCUACAUCGUCAACAUCAGAGCGCAUUGUUGCAAACUCAGUUGCGAGUGCUCCUGGCUUGUCCCCAAGCUCUUCAAUGGGAUCUCUUACCUCAGAAAAAUCAACUUUGAACCCAAAUGCUAAGGAAUUCAAGCUGAACCCUAAUGCGAAGAGUUUCACUCCAUCAGUAUCUCUGAGGCCACCACAUUCUCCAGCAUCUGAUGGAUCAUACUACUAUCCUAAUAACAUGCCAACUGCACCUCUUGGACCUGGUUUACCAGUGGGCAUGGGGUUCCCGCCAGCCUAUGGUGGUCAGCCUAUCAUGUAUAAUGCUCAACCUGGAACUUCGCCCCAGGGUUACAUGCAUCCUGCUGGGUCACAGUAUGGGCAGCAGAUGAUGAUUGGGCAGACUCGCCCUGUUUAUUAUUAUGCACCAGAGAUGCAACAAUACAGAGGAAGAAACUUCUAGAUAUACUAUUGUGAACUGCUGCUGGAUGAAAGUCGCAACAAUCCCCCAUUGGUGGGAUUAUAACCAGGCCAAAUCACCAUUAGAACGGAAAGACAACUGGCAAUAAUCUCUACAAACCUGUGUGUUGCUUGGACAAAGCUCAUCAUUGUUCUGCAAGGGUUCUAGUCCGAAGCAGGUUUACUGGAAUUUAUUACUAUUUUGUCACAUACUUGAUGUUGUAAAUUAAAUUGUGGGUCAUCUGUUCGACCCUGAAAUGAUAUUUAUAAAUGUGUGGGAUUGCCCCUUUGUAAUUUUAUGUUUUUCUUCAGCUUGCUCUGAUGUAAGAUUUAAAUGAAAUCAUUAGAGUUUGAAAUAGAUUAAUUGCUGACCUUUUACCGCU